AGUUAGUGCAUGGAAGAGGCUCUCAAAACGACCUGCCUAGAGAGAACGUAAGAAUGUCACCCUCCAGCAUGGCAGCCAGGUGAGCGAAUCGCGGAGAACUUCCCGCUCGAGUGAUGCACGGCGGACGGACGCUGCAGCUUGCAUGGCUGACGUGUUCGUUUCUGGUCCGAGAUAAACUCGCGCAAAGCUGUCGUGCUUGCGGGAAAAGGCUUUUCGCCAGCUCGUCUCCUAGUACUGUACAGUAGCAGCUAUCUUCUCUCCUGAAUACUGUAGUGUGGAACAGCAGUGGGCCAGCAUUCCCAGCUUCAACUUGAAGCUGUCGUUACUAGAGAGUGCGGCUCGACAUGUUUCUUCAUCAUGGCGUUUUGCCGUCUUUCCCCAACACUGUUACCCAAACGUUCGACGCCAUUGAUUGGUGGCCGCAUAAGAGAGCUGCUUCCGUUGAUGGAUAGACGGUCCACAUCCAAUGAAUGGAUGCCAUGGUUGCCAUGGCUGCUCCAACGUCUCUGCUGCAUGCUUGCCUGUUCGUUAGGCAGAAGAGCUGUUUUUUUCGUCUCGAGGGGCCCUCGCAUGGCGUUGCCAUUCAUCAGUCUCUACCCGGCGGAAGUACGCUGCUGUCAGUACAGUAUGGAUCCGCGAGCUUUACUGGGGAAAGACAGCCGACGCUGACGGAGGGUGGCUGCUUCGUCUUCGCAUCCAGCGGCAGGCAUCCUCCCAGAACUCCGUCCCUCCACUCCAUCCCUCUCCCUGUCCGUCUGUCACGGACGGACACAGUGUCCACCAUCUCCAAGGUUUGCACAGCCCGGGGCUCCCGGCUCCCAGACUAGGGAGGGCGAUGACCGCUCGUCAGCACAUCAUACCAGCACUGACUGACUCAGUCACGCCCUUGGGAAGCUGGUGUGAGAUUGUUGAGCCACGAAGCCUCCCUUUAGAAGCCGCUCUUCAGAAGCCUCUCUUAAAAGCCUCUUAUCUGAGAUCUGAGAUCGGCUUACUGAUUCCGCGUACUACGGAACGGCUAAACUAGCAGUACGUCAAGUACUUCAACUGUACUUAACUAUUAGUACCGCUAGCGUGGCUGCUGCUGUACCGGGUAGAUUCCGUCGAUCUCUAGGUAACGUGCCACCCGUUCGCCGGGCCGACACCACCUAGUACUGCUACUGAUGGCCGAGGCGCUCGUGCUUUUCGAAUCUCCGGCUCACAACAAAAUACUCCGCGCCACCAGUCGUGCCCCCCCCCCGCCAGCAGCAGCAGCGGCGGUGCUGGCGGAGAGUCGAGGCCACGUGGAGAGCCCCCAGCAGCCUCCAGCCGUGGGUCCCUCACCAUCAAGGCCUAGCAGCGACCUGCAGGGGUCUCAGCAGCGCGGGUCGACGCAGCUCAGGUGCCACGUGGCGAGUCCCUGGCGGCCUCCAGCCAUAUCCUCACCCUCAGGGCCUAGCAGCGACCAGCAGGGGUCUCAGCAGCGCGAGAUCGCGGCUUGGCCUGGUAGCAGUAAGCAGCAGAGGUCUCAGGGGCGCAAGUCAAGGCAGCUCACGUGCCACGUGGAGAGCCCCCGGCCUCCAACUGCCACGCUGGCCGAGGAAUCUCCAAGGAGCCUCCAGCCUCCAGAUCCGGAAGCUUCGAAGAGUGUUCGUCUGCACCACCGCAGGGCCAAAAGCGGGAGCAUCUGCUACGACAGCCACGUCAGCAGCCACGUCAGCAGCCCCAGCAGCAGCAGCAACUUGUGCCUAGACCCGCCUAUACGCGCUGCACCACGUGGCACGAGCAGUUGGCAGUUCAAAACACCUCCCAGUCCUCCCGGUGUUGCUGACGUGGCACCUGCCAUCAUGAUGACGGAGUGCCCGUUGACAGCUCCUGCUACAGCUCAGGCCGCUUCUGGACAGGGGAAGGGGAAUGGCAGCUCCCUGAACGGUCACAGCAGCCCUCGAUAUAAUCACACCCGGCAAUGCGGACAGGACAGCCCUCGAGACUGCCGCGCUUCUGGCGCUGGCAGCAUUGCCCCGCUGUUCCCGUCAGCUGGCAGCGAACCGUCGCCAUGUGGCGUGCUGAAAAGGAGUCCACGUGGACUCCCUCCCAGCAGGAGCAGCCCCAGCAGCAACAAUGCUGGUAGCAGUAGGGCUGCUAGUAAUAUUGGUAACUUCAGCUCGUCUGUUACCAGCAAGAGCAUGGUUACAACUGCUGACUCACAUCCAUUGUCAUUUGCCCCUGAACUCUCUCCGGACGACUCGGACGAGGUUUGGGGGCCACGGUUUGGAGCCUCGGUACCCUUAGUACGGUCCCCAGCCUCCGAACCUGGCUGGUCUGGGCGGUUUGCUCCAGUGGACCUGGACGAAUGGGGCUCUGCCACGUAUGCUGCUCGGCCUACUCACGGCGUGGGUGUGGCCGAUCCAUUUGGUGUUUGUGACGGCAAGUUUGGGAGCGGCAUUGCUGCUGACAGUGAUCCUGCCGAGGGCGAACUGCAGCGGUUCUGCAGCGUGGGGCACCAUCCUGCUUGUAGGAACCGUGGCUGGGGUGACCCGCACAGCGCUGUCUCUGCUCUGCACGUCCCGCUCUCUGCGCCGCACUGCUCUGCUCCUCCUCCUCCUUUGCACCACCGCAGCUCAGCCAUGAGGCAGCAGCAGCAGCAGCAGCAGCAGCAGCAGCAGCAGCAGCAGCAGCAGCAGCAGCGUGCGGUUCACAGGAGAUCGCACUCCCACGGCACUGCAUUGUCACGCGCAGACAGCUCCGCUGCAUCCCAAGCGCUCACAAGUCACCCGGGUCACCCAGCUUCGUCCCCAUCCGUCACCUCGCUUCAUGGCCGAGGCCGCAGCAAGGCGCUGAAGCACCCGCCUCUCCUUCAGGGAGAGCAGAAGGGGCAGGGGGGGCAGGGGGAACAGAGGCAGCAGAAGGAGCAGAAGAAGCUGAAAGGUCAGAAGGUGCCAGUUGAGCUAAGCAGUGGCGGCAGCAGGGGUGGUGGUGUGGGUGGGGGUGGGGGUGGGGGUGGGGGUGGGGAUGGGGGUGGGGGUGGGGGUGGGGGUGGGGGUGGGGGUGGGGGUGGGGGUGGGGGUGGGGGUGGGGGUGGGGGUGGGGGUGGGGGUGGGGGUGGGGUUGGGGUUGGGGGUGGGGGUGGGUGUGGGGGUGGGGAUGGAGAUGGGGGUGAAGCGAGUGACUCGGAUGACGAUUUCAUUGGGUUCUAUGCAGCUGUCAUGCGCAGCCAUGCUGCAAGCAUGAAGCGCCAUGCCGCCAGUGCCCAGCUGGGAAGCAGCUGGACUGGCAGCAACAACAGAGGAAGCUCCUCCCCUGUGAGCAGUGCAGUAGUGGGUAACAGCGGCACUGCGGACAGCAACCUAGGCAGCUCUAGGGCUACAGCGCGCGCGGCUUUGAGCAACAAUAAAGGAAGCUUCUCUGCCAGCAGCCCAGGAGUGGGUAACGGCGGGACUGCAGGCAGCAUCCUAGAGAGCUGUGGUGCUACAGUGUGCCCGGCUUUGUGUGAAGGCACUAACUUUCCUGCUACAGAGUGGGGUGUGCAGAUCAGUGGUUCUGGCACCAGUAGCAGCAGCAUCACCAGUUGGAGUAAAAGCAGCGUCCGUCAGACCAAGAGCAGCAGCAGCACUCAGAGCACCAGCAACAGUAUCUCUGAGAAGGGAGGGGGAGAAGAGAGGAAGGGGAUGGAGAGGAAUGGGAUGGAGAGAAAUGGGAUGGAGAGGAAUGGGAUGGAGAGGAAUGGGAUGGAGAGGAAUGGGAUGGAGAGAAAUGGGAUGGAGAGGAAUGGGAUGGAGAGGAAUGGGAUGGAGAGAAACGGGAUGGAGAGGAAUGGGAUGGAGAGGAAUGGGAUGGAGAGGAAUGGGAUGGAGAGAAAUGGGAUGGAGAGGAAUGGGAUGGAGAGAAAUGGGAUGGAGAGGAAUGGGAUGGAGAGAAAUGGGAUGGAGAGGAAUGGGAUGGAGAGGAAUGGGAUGGAGAGAAAUGGGAUGGAGAGGAAUGGGAUGGAGAGGAAUGGGAUGGAGAGGAAUGGGAUGGAGAGGAAUGGGAUGGAGAGGAAGGAGAGGAGGGAUGAGAGGAAGGCGAGGAUGGCAAUGCAAGAGGGGAUACAGAAGGAAACAGCGAGGAAAGAGGGGAACCCUAGGAGUAGCUUGACUCUAAGAAGCAGCCUUACUUUGGCGAGCAGCGUCAGCGCGAGCAUCCGAACGAGCAUCAGCAGCAGCCUUGCUGGCCGGUGGAGCCAACGACUCAGGAGGAGCACCAGCAGCGGGAAUAGCAGCGGGAGGGGCAGCAGGAGAAGCAGCGGGAGGGGCAGCAGCACCCAAACACGAGGUUCGGCAGGUGAGAUGUGUGAGGCACAAGGCAGUGAGAAGGCGAGUGAAUUUGGGAGUGGCCGGGGGAGUGGACAAGGGAGUGGACAGGGAAGAGAGGGCAGGUCCUGGAGGAGGAGCAACAGCUUCGGCCUCAGCAGCAUCGCCAGCAGCAUCAGCAGCGGAUUCCCGUGGCACUCAACUGAUAGCGACAGCGCCGUAACGCCUGGCAGCGUCACUAGCAGUGGUACCGAUGUUACAGUGGUACAGGUGUUACCAAUGGUGCCAACACAGGCACCGGUGCUUUUGCCUCCGAGUCUCGACCACCCCGGGCCAGGAGGUCCCAGAGCUGGGUGAGGGUGCGGCAGCAGCCCCGCAAUCCGUGGGAGGCAGAAGGCAUUGAUUACAGCUCCAAGGGGAAUAGUGCUGAGAAGGGUGUGAAACUUGAUGGCCAGUCAACGGAGUCAAAGGGGUCAGUGGGGUCAAUGGGGUCAAAGGAUGACCCAAGGACGGGAGGCAAGAGCAGUAGGCAAGGCCAUGACCUUCAUUCGGCUGAGGUGGCAGAGGGCAUGGCGUGCUCUUUUCAUCAUCAGCCGCACCUGGAAACACGCCAGGCAAGGUGCUCUCAUAGGGAUGAUACUCUACAAGGGCAUGGCAGUGGGAAUGGGCAUGGGAAUGGGAAUGGCCAUAGGCAUGGAAGCGGGUACCAGCAGGCAAGCAGGUGGACCUUGAAACAAUCACACAGGUUUUUGAGCCGGUUGAGAAAGGAAGUAACGUUCAAGGGAGAAGUUGAGCACAUCUUGUAGCCGUGAAAGGUUUUCGAGACCAGACAGCAAGCGAAAGGCUCAGAGAUGCACACAGAUAUCUCUGUGGAUUUCAUUUGUUUCCGCUUAGGGUCCCAACCUGUAUGCAACCUGCCUAUUAUAUGGAUGGAGCUUGUUUGAUUUCAUUCUACACAUUGGAU